CAGCAGUCAGUCACCAAAUUCCUGUCAUCAUCACACCAUCAUCAAGAAAUGUUCUCUCGCCAUCAUGUGAAAAGUUUAUCGAGAAUCAUGAAUCAGCCCGUGAUCAUACAGUCGCUGAAACACAAAUCCUCUAAUCGCCCCCAUUUUUCAACCGACGAAGACCCUCUGGAGCUGGCUUACGCGUCGUACGAACCCACGGAAAGCUACUCGAAAACCAACCCCGAACCCACCCCUCUGAUAGUCCUGCACGGGUACAUGGCAUCGAAAAACCACUGGAAUAGUUUUUGCAAGAAAUGCCACGAGAAUACCAAGUCGAAAGUGGUGGCGAUCGAUGCCAGGAAUCACGGGGAUUCCCCGCAUCACAGCGAAAAUUCCUAUGAUAGUUUGGUGGUCGACGUUCGUCGGUUUAUGGAGAGGAUGGGGUUGAAAAAGGCGAAUUUCUUGGGGCACUCGAUGGGGGGCAGGACCGCUAUGCUCUUCGCCCUCAAAUAUCCAGAACUUGUAGAAAAAUUGAUAGUUGCCGAUAUCUCCCCUAUUUCGACCAGUCCAGAACUCAAACAGCUCCCUAAACUCCUUUACUUCAUCAGAAAAAUUGAAAUUCCGGAAAAAACUAGUCUUGCAGAGGCUAGAAAGUUGAUCAGUCAAAAAAUCUUCACUGUUUUACCAAAUAAACAAUUGGUUCAAUUCAUGCUAAGCAAUUUGGUGCAGAAAACUCAAGGAAGAGAUUUUUUCAAGCUGAUGGAUUUCAAAUUGAAAAAGUCUGCUGUGCCGUCAAUUUAUGAAAUAGAGACGUUCAAAAAAAGAGUUCCGUCGUCAUCGUAUUGGGAAUUACUGAAUGAUACGUUCGCAGAGAAAGAAAAUGAGAAUGAGAUAAAGCGGAGAGAAAUUGAAAGUUUGAAAUCAAAACUCGAAUCAAAACUAGAAGAUUUAGGGAAACUGCAAUGUGCUAUAUCAUCAGUCCACGGUGUCAUUAAUUCAGAUCCAGUUCAAAAUGUACAGGUGAAUGUAGACUGCAGGAAGAGGAAAAGUGACUAUCCUAAGAUUAUACGAUUAUUUCCUAAUGCUGAACUCAAGUAUAUAGAGGGAGCUGGACACUGGCUGCAUAGUGAAAAACCUGCGGAAUUUUUGAAAAUAACUUUGGACUUCCUCAAUAAAACAGUUCCUUCAAGCAACUGAAUCAAUCUGUGAUAACUUUUAAUUUAUAAAAUUUCAAAAUUCAAUCAAUUCAUCAUCAAAUUAUAAUGAAGUACCUACAUGAGAUCAUCUUUUCAUUUUACCCCAAUGAGACAAGUUUUAAAAAUAAUGUUUAUUAUAAUAUCGAUUCCACCUUUUCAAGGAAAACUGUACAACAUUAUAUACAAAAAAGUUAAUAAAACGCUAUAUACAAUAAAUAAAUUUAUAAAUUUGUACAUUCAACAAUUGAGAAAACAAAUGAUACACAACCAAACCUCAGCAAGGAGCCAUGACUCAAAAUGGCCGAACCUUCCCAACCUUUCUUCAACUCCUCUGGAUGAUUGGCACAACAACAUUCCAAC